GGGGCCGGUAGUUUUCCUUUGGCGGCUCUACCGGGCUCGUCUCCGAGGCCGCCCCGGGUGCGACGGGGUCCACAGGCGGAGAAGCCUACUAAAUACCAAUUUGACUGGCAAAGUGUGGAUUAUGGGAGAACAACUGGUAAACAACUGCAUCCUUGAUCAAUUUAUUAAUAGCCAUGAACAGUCAUACGAAGAGUUUCUAAGCACAUUCACUUAUCUUUUGAAAGAAGACGAGAGGAAGACAAUCCAAGGACGUAAAAAGUCCUUAAGAAAAUCAUUUUCUGCUUCUGAGAUCUCAAAUGGAAAUAAACAGGAUGGUUUACCUGAAAGAAGCAAAGAAAAGCUCGUGUCUUUCCCACCACAGACUCCAAAUGAGAAUAAGACGGUCAUAAAUGAGAGCUGGAAAUCUGGUGGCUCUGAUGGAAAUGGCCUCAGUCUAUCUGAAAGAGCUCAGGUGGACCAUCACUUAGAAACAGACAUAGAUGGAGAGCCGCGCAAUGCAGGGUCAUUUGUUCUUCCAGGAGAGGUGGAAGAGAUUGGGACUUCCUGUACACCUCCUUUAGAAAAGCCUGUUCAACGGAAGCUCAAAACCUCCUCAGUUCAACAGCCACUGGACAACAAAGCAGAAGAGCUACUGGGAGAUGAUGUUCAACCAUUCUUACUUGAUGAAGAAUUUGAUUAUGACAAUGUGGCACUGACCCCUAAGUUCUCUGAAGCUGAGCUGAUGCCCAUGAAAGAACUGUCUGAAGAGAAGAAAAGGGGACAGAUGUAAAGUCCAGCAGGAGCUGAAGACUGAAUCAGAUGCACUCUGAAUGGCAUUCUGUGCAGUGCUGGUGAAAUAGUAUUUUAGAGAAUAAAUCUAACUUCUUGUACCCUUA